GAGACCCACUUUGCACGCUCCGAAUGCGUAACUGGUGCCGGCGAGUGCGAGGCCUGUGGGCAGAAGAGUGUGCGAGAACGGCAACUCAGCCUGCGACAUCUGUCCCCGCAUGUCCUCAUUGGUCUGAAUCUCUUUGUUUACAACCGUGCCACCCAGGCCUGUCAAAAGGUGAUGCCUCGUAUACGCAUCAAUGAGCUCCUUUCAGUCCGAGUGCCCAAGAGCCCCUCGCUGCCACAUCAACCUUCAGUGCCCCCUCCGGACGUCGCAGUCACUGAAACCGCCUCCAUUUCGACCAAUCAGGCCGUCGCUCUUGGUGAUAGGCCCCACGAAGAACAGUCCUCGCCAUCUCCAGCUCCCGAUGUCGCCGAGGAGAGUAGUAUUCAGGUGUACAAACUGCAGGGCAUGAUUCUGCAUCAUGGCCUCUCUCUGGGCUGCGGACACUACACAUGCGUCGCUAAAGUUGACGCCAACUGGGUCUCCUUUGACGACUGUUCGACCUCCUUCACCAGUCUAGAUCAAAUCAACCGCCAGCCGUUUGCCACUCCCUACCUUCUACUUUACAGCAAAGUGUGA